AUGGCGGCGGCGAGCCUGAGGAAGGGGAACGCGAGGCUGCCGCCGGAGGUGAACCGGGCGCUGUUCGUGCGGAACCUGCCGUUCAACAUCUCGAGCGAGGAGAUGUACGACAUCUUCGGCAAGUACGGGGCGAUCCGGCAGAUCCGGCUGGGCAACGCCAAGGACACGCGGGGGACGGCGUACGUGGUGUACGAGGACAUCUACGACGCCAAGAACGCCGUCGACCACCUCUCGGGCUUCAAUGUCGCCAACCGCUACCUCAUCGUGCUCUACUCGCAGCUCAACAGGAUGUCCAAGAAGACGGACAUCAAGAAGAAGGAGGACGAGAUCACCAGGCUCCAGGAGAAGUAUGGCGUCGGAUCCAAGACCCCCUCCGCCAACGACGCCUGA